CCAGCUAUUUACAAACAAAUCAAAGUUUCCAAACACAACAUGAUAAUAAUACUGAAUAAGUAAAUAAGUUACAAGAAAAUGACCCUUUAUAUGGAAAAUGCAGUCACUUUUCCAGAAAGCGGCUCAAUUUCUAUUAAUGCGGUCUGGCACCCUAAUGUCUCUUUGCUUGCUGCAGCCAGCUUUUCCCAAGACAAAGGUGGAUAUGUUAUUAUAUUUGAUGAACUGGGUGAGCCAAUAAAAGAUAUAAAUUUCCCAGUACACCGAAGCUACCAAGUAACAGCCUUAUGCUGGCACCCUGAAAGAACCAUCUUAAUAAGCGGCUGGGAAAACGGAGAUUUAAAAAUAUGGAACGGAUCCGACAGGGAGUUUAUUGGGGCUGUUGGCCCACAUAAAUCUCCGAUAACUCAUUUGGCAUUCAGUGAAAAAGGUGGAAGACUGGUUUCCUGUGAUUCAGUGGGAUCUGUUGUGGGCUGGAAAAUUGACCAUAAGGGGGACGCCAAUAUGAUUUUUCAUCUGGACUUGAACAGGGAGGCUAUAACUCACUUAACUUUUCGGUUGACUGUCAAAAGCAAUCCUGAGUUUGAUGUCGAAAGUUUGGCAAAAGCUGCUGUAAAUGGAGAUGAAAACGCUCUGGACAUGUUUAGCAACUGGAGGCCCAAAACCACCGCCAGAAAGUUUCGGAUUCAGGAUGGAAAUGACAAUUUCUGUUUUUUUAUUGCCACUCAGCCUGGAUCAGUUUACUACGUGAAUUCCAGUGGCUCUUGUGCGGAAGUUUUAAAUACAGAAGGAACCCCUUUAUCUUAUAUGGUAUAUCAACCCAACACAGAAGCUUUGGUGCUAAUGAUGGAAGGACUCACUGUUGGCUACUUUUCAGUAGAUAAGCUAGGACAUUUGAGUGAAAUAGCCAAAGUGAAAUUGAAUGGGAGGCUCCAAAGUCGUUCCGUUAAUAGUCAGGGGUUGACUUGGGCAGGGAAUACGUCUUUAGCUAUAUUAACUGGAGACUUAACGGUGAGAAUUUGGGAUCUAGAGACCAAUGACAACUAUGUUCUCCCCACAACAAUGAAACUUUACGUGAGCGAUGACAAAUCCUCAUCUGUAAGUGAGAUUUUCACUUGCGUCGCUUACUGUAAGAUAAACCAAACCUUAUGUGCUGGAACAAACAUCGGUCGAAUAUACUUUUGGACCAAAAACCUUUAUAUUCCCACUGAAAGCAUUGAAGACCAAUGGGAAUUAAAUAAUAUAAACAGCAUAGGCGGAACGAUAAAACAAUUAAAUUGGGGUUCGUUUAUGAUGCGAAUGCCCCUCUUAAGUGUCAAUUGCGUCACGAAUAUUUACGUAAUGAAGGAACAGACGAUUUGUACGGCGUUUUGCGGUAAAAUAUGGGCUACGCAGAAAACGACCAAUCAGGUUUUUGUAGAAAGUAAAGGUGGAAGUAGAUUGGUGGAGUUACAAACGCAGGUCAGCGAUAUAGCAAUUUCGGAGGAUUUUCUGGUGUUUUCUAAUGGAAGGAGUUUAUACGUUUAUGAUGUUUCCUGGAAGACUGUGGAGGCAAUGGAUGCUAAAGGCAACACUCCAAGUGAUUUUGAAGUUACCUUUGCGACCAACUUCCCUUGCGAUAACGAAGGAAUAAUUCUCCACAAGAAAACCAUUAUAGCGAUAAACGCGCAGAAAGUCACCCUGUACACAUCGACUGGCAGUAUGGUGUUCCAAAUAUCAACCAGUGCCACUGAAGGGGAACCGAUAGGGGCGGACGUGACCAAUAAUCACUUAACUAUAGCGACCAUGGAAGGUUUUUUGAAAAUUUACGAUUUGAAUGACGUCCAUCCGAAGUUGAUCACUCCCGUGAAGUGUUUGAUGGAUACAGUUGAGGAUUUCGGAGAGAUUAUACAAGCAAAAACGAACUCAACAGGUAAUAAAGUGGCGUUAACUUUGGCAGCCUCAAAUCUAAUCCCCGAUGGGAAAUUGUACAUUUGGGACAUCGAAACCGACGAGUUGUCCACGUACGAUUUUAGAAAAUAUGAUGGAAUUGAUAAUGAAUAUUUUAAUGCUGAUGAAAGCGAUAGCGGUAUGUCAGAGAGGAGUUUCGAUGAUGUUUGCAAAAAUCGGAUACCACUGAGUGUGUUUUGGUGCGAGGAAGAUCCCAGAUUUUUAAUUUGUAAUGCCAGGAAGCUAAAGAGGGGCGGUAAAAAGGAUUUCGUUAGGUUGAAAAAUUACGGAAAACCAAUAUCCCUGCAAGACGAAGACCAAAUAAUAGUAACGAUGUUCAUCUUGCCGGAGAACAAAAUCCAAAUUCAUGACGUACGAGCAGUAGAAUCCGAUGCAAGACUCCUCGGUUUGGCCAUUCCCUACAUCGUGACGUUACAAAAACUGAGUAUUGUGCGAGACUGUAUGCCCGAUUUUACCGGACUGGAAGACUGCGAUAGAAAUACUAAAGAAGCCGUGAUAGAUUUUAGUUAUCAUUUGAGUUUGGGUAAUAUGGAUGCGGCAUUCAAAUCAAUAAAACUGGUCCAAAGCCAAGGAGUGUGGUCCAGUUUGGCAAAAAUGUGCGUUAAAACUGGCCGUUUAGAUGUGGCCAUCGUCUGUUUGGGCCAUAUGGGAAAUGCUAAGGCCGCGAGAGCCUUAAGAAUAGCCAUGGCAGACGACACGUUAUCGCAGGAAUGUAGGGUGGCUGUAUUGGCCAUACAUUUGGGACUAUUGGACGAGGCCGAACAGCUCUAUCUAGAGGCAAAACGUUUCGACCUCGUAAACCAACUUCUUCGGGCGAGAAAUAAAAUGGCUGCGGCUCUUACUUUGGCGGAAACUAAGGAUCGAAUUAACCUUAAAAACACGGAAUAUGCUUGGGCAAAGCUGUUGGAAAAGGGGGAAGAUUUUAAGGAAGCCGCCCUAAGGUUUGAAAAAGCCGGCACUCAUCGUUAUGACGUUCCAAGGAUGUUAAGCGAUCACCCCCAACAAUUACAAGCAUAUAUGAGUAAAACUAAAGAUAGGGAAAUGCAAAAAUGGUGGGGCCAAUACGUGGAAUCCCAAGGGGACAUGCCCUCGGCCCUAAAAAUCUACGCUCACGCGGGAGACAUCUACUCGCAAGUGCGAGUACUCUGUUUCCUCGGUGAGGAAGCGAGGGCAGCAGAGCUCGCCCGCGCUAGUUCCGAUAAGGCGGCGUUAUACCAUAUGGCCAGGUACUGUGAAACCGUCGGACAGAUUGAGGAAGCAGUUACUUUUUAUACUAAAGCCACCGCGUUUUCGAAUGCUGUGAGGCUUGCCAAGGAGAAUGGGUUGAGUGAAGAGCUAUGGAGUUUAGGUUUGGCAGUAUCCAAUCGCGAAAAACUGGAAAUAGCUAAGUACUUCGAAGAGCAAAACGUUUUAGCAAACGCCGUUGUUCUUUACCAUAGGGGCGGAAUGCUCCAUAAAGCCGUAGAUUUGGCUUUUAAGACUCAAAACUACGAGAUUUUACAAGAAAUUGCUACUCAACUGGACGCAAGUUCCGAUCCAGCACUGAUAGAUAAAUGCGCUAAUUAUUUUAUUAGUAAGGAGCAGUUCGAUAAGGCGGUGGACCUGUGGGCUAUCGCAAAAAAAUAUGAACAAGCUAUACAAGUUUGCACAGACCAUAAUGUAAGAUUAACAGAAGACUUAACUGAAAAACUCACCCCAGAAAAAGGAACGGUAGAUGAAGGAUUGAGACUAAAAGUAUUGGAAAUUUUGGCUGAUAGUCUUAUGCUUCAAGGGGACUAUCAUUUGGCUACAAAGAAAUAUACACAAAGUGGAGACAAAGUUAAGGCAAUGAAGGCCUUACUAAAAUCAGGAGAUACAGACAAAGUAAUAUUCUUCGCCGGUAUUUCCCGACAAAGAGAAAUUUAUAUUAUGGCGGCGAAUUACUUGCAAACCUUAGACUGGCAAAACCAACCAGAGAUUUUAAGGAAUAUUAUUACAUUUUACUCUAAAGGGAAGGCUCUUGAUUUGUUGGCUAACUUUUACGUUGCUUGUGCUCAAGUGGAAAUAGAUGAAUUUCAAAACUACGAAAAGGCCCUUACGGCUCUCAGCGAGGCCUCAAGAUGUUUACAAAAAAUCACAAAUCCUCUGGAUCCCAAGCAAAUCCAAAGGGCGAUGGAUAUUGUCCAACAAAGAUACAGCGCGGUAAAACGAUUCGUGGAUAUCAGAAAGUUAUUCGAGAGAGGAGACCCGCAAGCUGGUAUGACCCAAUGCAAACAACUCCUAAUGCUAGGCGGUCCAGACUUGGACUCUUCAGUUCGCCGGGGGGACAUUUACGCCUUAAUGGUCCAAAACUGUACAAAACAAGGUGAUUACACCGAAGCUAAGUCCCUUAUAGCAGAAUUAAAGCAGUUCAUGGCAAAUGAGGGUCUGAAAAUCCCUUUGACUUACUACAUUGGGAGGGAGGUGCUGGAAGCACUUUGCAAAGGCCUGGGAGUGCCUCUAAGCGCUUUUAUUCCCGAGGCACCCAGGGGUCCCAGUAUAGAGAGUGAGGAAGACGUAGUGGAUGAGAUUUUAGAGGAGUGAAUCCGACUGCGCAAUAAAUGUGCUAUGUAUGCCAAAGCAUAAUUUCUUAAAUAAGUCAGUACUGCCGUCCUUGUGAAAAAGACUAAAAUGUAGGUUUCGAGUUUGUGUAUUUUUGAAAGCUUUACAGCAGUUAGGUUAUAUGUAUAAAUAAAUAUUUUUAAAUAAUGAAACCAAAAUAUCCAAAAAAAAUAAACCGAAGUCGAUUUUGGCGCCCAGAAAAUUCACACGUGCCCAUCGAAAAGACAAUUCUUCCACAACUAGUCACUGUUUGGAGACAAGGAGUCGCUAUUACCAUCAAUGGCCGCGUUAAGGAGUCAUGCUCAAGGAAUUUUUGUUUUCAAAAAUUGAAGAGGAUAGCGUGGACGAUAUUUGAUAUCAAUAGGAUGAUGCAAAAUGCCACACAGCCAACAUAACAGUUGAACUUCUGGGCUCAGCUUCGGGCGUAGCAACUGUAGGAAGCUGAAAAUAAAUGUACACCAACAAUCCAAAGACAAUUGAAUUGAAAUAAUUGAAAAAUCUCCUGCGUAAUUUGUUAUAAAUACGUUGAAGCAACUAAUAAUGUCUUUUUUUACUGCCAAGAGGAACAAAUGAUUGGUUUAAAAACUAUAAUACAAGGCGUAAAUACAACUUGCUUAAACAUACUUUUUAUAGGAAGCAUAAUGACUUUUUGCCUAUCAGUCUAAUAUAAUAUGUCAUAUUUAU